UGACAGCAAGAGGAAGAGCAGUGAACAUCUUCUUUCAUCAUGAGUCGUCCUGAGCACGUUGCUCCCCCAGAGUUGUUCUACUCGAGAGAUGAGGCAAAGAAAUAUGCAACAAGCUCUCGUAUGCGUGAAAUCCAGACUUCUCUGACCGAACGCGCAAUCGAGCUGUUAGCACUUCCUGAUGAAAACAGCUAUGUGUUAGACAUAGGAUGUGGUAGCGGUCUCAGCGGUGAAUGCCUGACGGAAGCUGGCCACGUAUGGGUCGGCUGUGAUAUCUCAAAAGACAUGCUCGAAGUUUCCAAGGAGCAGGAGGUAGAGGGGGACGUGAUCCUAAACGACAUGGGCCAGGGUCUUCCCUUCCGUCCAGGAACCUUCGAUGGGUGUGUUAGCAUCUCAGCCAUUCAGUGGCUCUGCAACGCAGAGACAAGCACAUCGAAUCCUUACAGGAGGCUGCUGACGUUCUUUACUUCCCUCUAUCGUUCGCUCGUCCAAGGAGGUCGUGCAGUUCUGCAGUGGUACCCCGAAAACCCUCAGCAGAUGGAGUUGGUGACAUCUUGUGCCAUGCGAUGUGGGUUUGGAGGAGGUCUGCUAGUCGACUACCCACACUCCACUCGAGCAAAGAAGUAUUUCCUCGUCAUCUACGCUGGCCAGCGAGAUGGUCAGAUCCACAAGGCGCCCAAGGCUCUGGGAACGGAAGACGCGCAGAACGAAGCACGUUUUGAGAACAAGCGUGAUAGAGCGCACAAGGGGAAGAGAGGGAGAGAAGACAUCAGCAAGAAGGAGUGGGUCAAGAACAAGAAACAGAGACAGAGGGCCCAGGGCAAGGCGGUACCCGAGGAUAGCAAGUACACAGCGCGCAGACGUGGGCCCAAGUUCUAACUUGACGAGGGUCUGGUACCCGAGACUCGCGCACUCGUCCUCAUGUAUUUUUGAAUAAUAAGAACCUGGAAACAUGG